GUACUUAUAUAUUUUAAUAACUAAACUAAGAUAAAUGUCAAAAUAUGUAUUGAACUGGGUGUGUAUCAAUUAUUUUCAGUAAAAUUAAUAUUAAUAUUUGGAAGAGGGAGGAUGUUGGUUGGUUGCGGGUGAUUUUAAUGCUGUCAGGAGUCUAGAAGAAAAAAGGGGAAGGACAAGGGAGAAAGCAGAGAUGGGAGAAUUUAAUGAUUUUAUUGAGACAACGGGUUUGGUUGAUAUUCGAUUGGUGAAUCGACGUUUUACAUGGUAUAGACCAGAUGGGACAUCCAUGAGCAGAUUGGAUAGAUUUUUACUAUCUACGGAGAUGUGUAACAUGAGUGGGGAAUGGGUACAACAUGGAGUAUUAGAUGCCUGGCAGCAGCAUCCAGAUUUUAAGAAGACCGUCGAGGAAAAAUGGGCAACCUUGAAGGUGGAGGGAUUUGCAGGUUUUAGAUGCAAACAGAAGCUAAAAUUGCUGAAAGAGUGUUUGAGAGGCUGGAACAAAGGUGUGUUUGGGGAUAUGGAGGCGCAAUUUGAUAAUGCUGUACAGAAGGUGGAGCAUGUUGAUAUGAGGAAUGAAGAGUAUGUAUUAGAGGGAUUUGAGGUGGCCCAACGACAGGAAGCUUUUCAAGAGCUAUGGGAGAUUAUAAGAAAAAGAGAAAACAUCUGGAGACAAAAGGCUAGGUGCAAUUGGCUGAAAAUGGGCGAUGCGAAUACAAGAUACUUUCACAAAGUGGCAAACGGUAGAAAGGCUCACAAUGGUAUUACAGGUCUUUUUAGUGACGGUAGGUGGGUGGAGGAACCAGAGUUGGUGAAAAAAUUGGUAGUCAAAUAUUUCAGGGAAUUGUUUCAAGGAGAAUCAUGGAGUAGACCUAAGCCGGAGGGUGUCACUUUCAAACAAAUUACUAAGGAGCAGCAGGAGUGGUUAGAAAGGCCAUUUUCAGUAGAGGAGAUUGAAGAAGGGUUGAAGAGCUGUGAUGGGAAUAAAGCACUAGGGCCAGAUGGUUUCAAUUUCAAUUUCAUCAAAUUUGUCUGGAGCAGUCUGAAGGAGGAUUUUGUCAGCUUCUUUGAGGAGUUUCAUCAACGUGGAUUGUGUGGUUUAGUCAAGAAAGCAGAGAUGGAAGGGUUGUUGCAUGGUAUCGAGGUUGGGAAAAGAGGGUUGGCGGUUUCAUUGCUCCAAUUCGCUGAUGACACAGUGAUCUUAGGAAGGGCAGAUAGUCAAAAUGUGUUUAUGGUUAAAUCUAUUUUGCGAUGGUUUGAAUUGAUGUCCGGGUUGCGAAUUAAUUUCAGAAAAAGCAGUGUUUACGGAUUAAAUGUGUCGGAGAUGUGGUUGAAAGGGGCAGCUACAGCUUUUAGUUAUGGAGUGGGGGAAUUCCCGUUUAUCUAUUUGGGGUUGCCCGUUGGUGGGAACCCAAGAAAUAAAAAGUUGUGGAGCACGGUUGUGAAAAAGUUUCGUGCCAAACUUGCCAUCUGGAAGUCUGCUGUCCUUUCCUUUGGGGGCCGCCUCACUCUGCUCAAUUCGGUGUUGAGGGAUAAAUACUAUGGGGGUAAGGAGGUGGUAGAUAUCACUGCAGUGGACACUUGGCAGCUGUCCAAGAUUUGGGAGGACGUUAUUCAUAUAGGAGGGAUUUCUGAGAGGCUACGGAAUAUGCUAGUGAAAGGGUUCAAGUGGGAGGUGAAUGAUGGUCGAAGGGUGGGCUUCUGGAGGGAUAGUUGGGUGGGAGAUAAACCUCUACGAGACUUAUGUCCUAGAUUAUAUGCAUUGAGUACGAACCGCGAGGGUAUGGUUAGUGAGAUGGGGGAUUGGGAAAGGGAUAGAUGGUGUUGGAGUAUUGCAUGGAGAAGGGAGAGAAGGAGCAGGGAGAGGGAUGAAGAGGAGUUGUUAAUGAAGUUGCUAGGAAAGGUUCGAAUAAAGAUUGGUGGGGAUGAUGGUUGGAGAUGGGUGCAUGAUUCUGAAGGAAAUUAUGUAGUGAAGAAAGCUUAUGAGUUCUUAGCUCCUUUGGAGUUGGUUGGGAAAGAGAUGGGUGCUUGUAUGUUUCUAAUAGUUUCUUGGUAUUUGUGGUAUUGGAGAAAUGCUGUUGUGUUUCAACAUAAUGGGAGCUUCAAGGAGAAAUUGUUGGAUAUGGUUCAAAUCAAGUCCUUUUCUUGGAUUAAAUCUAAGCAUACUGGCGUCAUGUUCUCCUUUCAUGAAUGGACGGGUGACCCAGUUGCUUGUGCAUUGGAGGUGAGGAGGCAUAAAAAGGAACUAAAGAGGUAUUUGAAGCUGAAACAGGGUCAUAUAUGAUAGGCAGUGGAGGCUUGAUUGCUUUAGGCUGAUGUGUUUUUAUUAUAAAUGUUGCCAGUUUUGCUAUGUCCUUAUUAUGAUGGUUGAGUCUUUUAUUAUGUAAAUUGGUUGGAGUACCCCUUGUACUCCUAUUAAUAUAUUAUUUUAAUUUGC